GCCAUGUCAAAAGAUAACCAAACACACUUCAGUGAGUUUCUCAUUGUGGGUUUCCCAGGACUUCUACCUAAUUAUUACCCACUGGUGUCAUCUGUUUUUUUCCUAGUCUACCUGGCAACUUUUGUUGGGAACAGUCUUAUUUUGGGUUUAGUAGUUUCAGAGACAAGUCUCCACAAACCUAUGUAUUUCAUCAUUUGCAAUCUUGCUCUGUCAGACCUGCUGUUCAGUACGCUCACUUUGCCAAAAAUCAUCGCCAGGUACUGGUUUAACGCUGGAGCCAUUCCAUUUACAGCUUGCUUUAUGCAGAUGUUUUUAGUGCAUUAUUUGGGAUCUGUAAAUUCGUUUAUCUUAAUGGUAAUGGCUAUUGAUCGGUACGUUGCAAUACGCAAUCCUCUCAGAUACCAAUCAAUAAUGAGCAGCACAACAGUCUUUAAUCUUUGUGCUUUCUCCUGGCUCGUAACCCUGAUACCCCCCAUUGUCAUGACCAUCCGAGCAUUCCCUUUGCCUUACUGUGAAUCCAAUGCUAUAAUUCACUGUUAUUGUGACCACAUUGGUAUAACCCAGCUAGCAUGUACAGACAUCACAUCAUAUUCUCUGUUGGCGUUUAUUUUUGCUAUGCUGGUGUUGCUGCUGCCCCUGUCUUUCAUCAUAUUUUCUUACAUACAAAUUAUUGUCUCUGUCCUAAAGAUUGCAAGUCCUGAAGGUCGGUACAAAACGUUUUCGACUUGCAGCGUUCAGUUGAUCAUCAUCUCUUUAUAUUAUGUGCCGAGAUCUUUUGUUUACAUGGCAAGCAGGUUUAAAAUUACAGUCAAUCCUGAUUUCCGCAUCCUUAUGAUAGUGAUGUACAGUCUCCUACCUCCAAUGAUAAACCCAUUGAUAUACUUCCUGAGGACAAAAGAAAUCAAAACAAGUUUAUUGAAGAAGUUAAGGGUUAAACGAGUGACUCACAUUCACGGACAUACUGUUUGCAACUAA